AUGGGCAACACGCAAAACAGGGCUUCUCGCGAGGAUAGGGAGCUCAUAUAUCACGCGUUGCCAACGUCUGGCCUUCAUGGGAGCGACAUCCCUUCCUGCGACUACCUCUCCGUACACGACGCCGAUGUCUUCAAGAAGUACUUGGACGCCGAGGGCAGGAUCACCAACCAUGCUGUCUUCACCAACUGGGCGCUCGGCCUCAAGCUGCGGCAGGACGAGGCCUGGGGAUUCCCUGGCGGCUAGGUACCGCAGUGGCACUUGUUAUUGGACUGGGUGGCAAGCAAAGUGGCAAGAUCUGCUGAACACCGCAUCCAUCCG